CUAUACAAACUCUUUUAUUAUUUUCCAAACCCAGUUCAUUAUAUUCUUUCUAUUCAUAUUAUACCUUAUAAGAAAGAUAAUUCAUUCUCAACCACUUUCAAACUACUCUGAAUCUGCGUUUCGUUGCUCAAAUCAAAUCUCUGAGGAAUCGUAUUAUCACCAUGACAACACUCCUCGGGGUGCAACUCACCAUUCAAGAUCGUCAUGUGGUGGUGGAGAAUGGCAUAGUAAGAGUAACGAUUUCAAAUCCAGAAGGAAUAGUGACUGGAAUUCAGUAUAAUGGAAUCGACAACUUGCUUGAAGUUUUGAAUGACGAAUCUAAUAGAGGGUAUUGGGACCUUGUUUGGAGCUCACCAACAAGUACAGGAACCACUGGCAAAUUUGACGUAAUAAAAGGAACCGCUUUCAAAGUAAUAAUGGAAAAUGAGGAUCAAGUUGAGAUUUCUUUCACAAGAACAUGGGACGUGUCCCUCAAAGACCAGCUAGUUCCUUUGAAUAUCGAUAAAAGGUUCAUAAUGCUUCGUGGUACCUCGGGGUUCUAUUCAUAUGCUAUUUACGAACACUUAAGCGAGUGGCCUGCUUUCAAUCUUGACGAAACGAGAAUUGCUUUCAAGCUCAGAAAAGACAAGUUCCAUUAUAUGGCAAUGGCGGAUAACCGACAAAGAAAUAUGCCACUUCCUGAUGAUCGAGUGCCACCAAGAGGCCAACCCCUUGCAUAUCCCGAAGCAGUUCUUUUUGGCGAUCCUCUUGAACCUGAAUUCAAAGGGGAGGUAGAUGACAAGUACCAAUAUUCAUGUGACAACAAAGAUAGCCAAGUUCAUGGAUGGGUGUGCAUGGAUCCUGCCGUUGGAUUUUGGCUAAUUACGCCCAGCAAUGAGUUCCGUUCUGGUGGGCCCCUCAAACAAAACUUAACCUCCCACGUUGGACCCACCACGCUCGCUGUGUUUCUAAGUGCCCAUUAUAGUGGAGAGGAUUUGGUGCCAAAAUUCAAAGAAGGAGAAGCAUGGAAGAAAGUUUUUGGUCCAGUUUUCAUUUAUUUGAAUUCUCCUAAUGACGAUAAUGGUGAUGUUGAACCCCAAAAAAUGCUCUGGGAAGAUGCUAAACUUCAGAUGAAUGUAGAAGUACAGAGUUGGCCUUACACUUUUCCCGAAUCAGAUGAUUACCCAAAGUGGUACGAACGGGGUAUUGUUACUGGCAGGUUAUUGGUUAGAGAGAGGUAUAUAAGCGAUGAUGACUACAUAGCAGCAAAAGGUGCAUAUGUUGGUUUGGCCCCCCCGGGAGAUGUUGGAUCAUGGCAAAGAGAAUGCAAGAAUUAUCAGUUCUGGAGUGAAGCAGAUGAAGAUGGGUAUUUCUCCAUCAGCAAUGUACGUGCUGGUGACUAUAAUUUAUAUGCAUGGGUACCUGGUUUUAUUGGAGACUACAAAUACAAUAAUUCAAUUAUAACCAUAGCGGAAGGGUCUACUACUUUCACUGAAUUGGGUGAUCUUGUUUAUGAGCCACCAAGAGAUGGACCAACACUUUGGGAAAUAGGGAUUCCAGAUCGUACAGCUGCAGAGUUCUAUGUUCCUGAUCCAAAUCCCAAAUACAUCAACAAACUCUACGUUAAUCAUCCUCAAAAAUUUAGGCAAUAUGGAUUAUGGGAGAGAUAUGCAGAAUUGUACCCCGACAAAGAUUUAAUCUACACUGUUGGAGUUAGUGAUUACACCAAAGAUUGGUUCUUUGCCCAAGUUACAAGGAAGAAAGAUGAGAAUACAUAUCAAGGAACCACUUGGCAGAUCAAGUUUCAGCUUUCCAAUGUAAACAAAACCGGCACCUAUAAACUGCGCCUGGCUUUGGCUUCCGCUACAUUUUCUGAACUCCAGGUCCGAGUUAAUGAUCCAAAGGCAAGUCGUCCUCUAUUCUCAAGUGGGUUGAUAGGAAGGGAUAACUCAAUUGCAAGGCAUGGAAUUCAUGGACUCUAUUGGCUUUUCAAUGUGGACAUUCAAGGAACCAAACUUGUUGAAGGAGAUAACACCAUUUUUCUAACACAAGCUAGAGGCAAUACCCCAUUUCAGAACAUCAUGUAUGAUUACAUUCGUUUGGAAGGUCCACCACAACCAUCUAGUUUAAAUAAAAACAUUUAAGAUAUACUUGACUUUAGUUUGUUGCAUUAUUAUAGCCUUAAUUAUAGCUGAUUAAUUUAAUCGAACCAUUCAAUGGAAUUAUG